AUGAUCGAUCUGCCCAUAUUGAAGCACAAGAAGGAAAUUAAAAAAUGCAUCAAGAGGAAUAGGCUAAUUAUUAUUAAGGGAGAGACGGGGUGCGGAAAGACAACCCAGGUACCCCAAAUAAUAAACAGAUACUUUUUUGAUAAAAGGAGGAGAAGAGGUAGUAGUGACGCCGGUAAGGAUGGAGCAGUCUGCAAGGAUGAUAACCAAGCUCGGUCACCGAAGGAGAAAGCUCCAAUGCGCAUGCUGGUAUCGCUGCCCAGGAGAGUAGCAACCAUUACUGUAGCUGAGAGAGUGGCCAAGGAAAUGGAUAGAGGGCAUAUAGGAACUUACGUAGGGUAUGCCAUCAGGUUUAAAAAUGUAACUUCCGAUGACACUAGAAUUAAAUUUGUAACGGAUGGAAUCCUGAUCAGGGAAAUUAUGAAUGACCCAUUGUUAAAAAAAUACACUUUCUUAAUAUUAGAUGAAGUGCAUGAACGGUCCAUUAGGACAGAUGUCCUCUUGGGUUACGUUAGGACAUUAAUGGAGAAGAGAAAGAAGCUGAGGAUCAUCCUUAUGUCUGCAACAUUAGAUGUGGAUACUUUUAAAAACUUCUUUUCCGACCCACCUAUUAUUUCCAUUCCGCAUAAACUGCAUCCCGUUAGCAUUUUCUACCCCAUGAAGCCUGUGGAGGAUUAUCUCAUUUCCGUUGUGUGCACCGUUCUGCAAAUACAUUUUGGACAGGGCGAGCGGCACGAUGGCAGGCAUGAUGUGCUGAAGGAUGACCAGUCGGAUGACCAACCGGAUGACCAACCGGAGGAGCGCUUGACCGAGUUGACAGCCAACACGCGGACCGACCCACCCCCCAUUGGAGAUGUGCUUGUCUUCUUGCCCGGUCAGGAAGAAAUAGAAGCAGUAAACUUAAUGCUGAAAGAAAAGCUCAAAAUAAUUUACAAAGGAUCCCUACUGCGCAAACUCAUUGAGAAUCGUCAGGGGGAGGAGGAAGAAGGGGAGGUGUUGGAAAGAAUUAAUGUCGCCCUCCAUGCGAAGAAUCCAAUAGAAGAUGGAAUUUGUUUCCACCUCGGCCACAGGGAGGUGGUUCCGGACAAGAUAUACGCCAUGAAAAUUCUACAGCUCUACUCGUCCCUUCCAAAUAGAAAGCAACGAAUAGUCUUCGAGCCCGCGCCGCCAAAUACGAGAAAGGUCAUCCUCAGCACCAAUAUCGCGGAGACAUCAGUUACCAUUCCAAACAUAAAAUACGUGGUAGACAGCGGGCGCGUCAAGAUAAAAUUCUUCGACGCGAAAAAGGGUAGCAGUGUACUCAAAGUCACGCAAAUAUCGAAGGACGCCGCAAUACAGAGAAGUGGGAGAGCAGGGCGAGAGGGACCCGGACAAGUCUACAGGGUGUACUCCAAGGAGGAGUACGACAGCAUGAACCCGUUUUUAAUUCCCGAGAUUUUUCGCUCUGAUCUGACACAGAUAUAUUUGGAGUUGAAGGCCAUGAAUAUUGCUAACCCACUGAAGUUUAACUUCCCCGAAAAUCCAAAGAAGGAGCUACUGCUGCACUCCGCCAAAGUCCUCUUCCGAAUCAACGCAAUUGACGUGGAAAACAACCUGACCGAUCUUGGGAAAAAGAUGUGCCUCCUUCCACUGAACCCAAUAUAUGCAAACAUGAUGUUGUGUUCUGUGGAUUUCCAUUGUAUGGAUGAAGUCGCUACCAUCGUGGCGUUCCUAAACUGCGAGAGCAUAUUCUUGAACUAUAAUUUUUAUGAGGACUUCAAAAUUAUGAAUGAGGAAUCGGCAGGAGGUUCCCUUGCAUGUUCCGCCAGAGAAAAACGCGACAACCAGGACAAAGGCGAUGUACUGGACAAGGACGACGCCACCAUUAAUGCAAAGACGGAUGAAUCUUUUGAACCCGCCGUCGAGGAGGACCCAACUAUAAGCGACAGAAACAAAUUAAUUAACAUCGCGCGCAGGAAGCUCAUGCACCCGGAUGGAGAUCACCUAACCCUCUUGCACAUCUUCUAUCUCUGGCAGGAAGAAGCCACUCCCAACGAGCGAAAGGAUUUUUGCAACAUAUAUGCCUUGAACAACGAAACCUUACAACAAGUACAGAAAAUAAAGGAGCAAAUUCUGCAAAUAAUGACUACAAGAAUGGGCAUGAAAAUAUCACCAAAGCUACAUAUGCAUAAAUGGGAUCAAGUAUUAAUUUGUCUCUGCAAAUCCUGUUUUUUUAAUGUGGCUAGAUCUACAUCUAAUACAAAUGAGUUUAUAAAUGUCGUAACAAAGAGCAAGUUGUAUGUCCACCCAUCGUCUACUCUUUUCAGUUCGCACAUCAAGGCAUCCUUCAUUUUUUAUUCGGACAUUGUGCAAACAAAGCGCCUCUACGCACGAACCGUUACAAAGGUAGACGGAGAUUGGCUUCUCAAAUAUGCUCCUCAAAACUUCCAACUCGUGCAGGACUCCACGGGGUAG